AUGGCUUCUUCCUUAUGGGUUUGCAAGCAGCAUCUUCGGGUUACUUACUAUACAGUGGAUGUUAAACUCUACUGUCUUGUCCAAAGGGAUGGUGAUGAACCAGUCUUACCUGGUGUUACAUUCCUAUCGGACCUCUUAAAAGUUAUAGAUAGUAAGCGACAGACUGGAUAUACUGAUGCCGAUCCCUUCGCAAUGCCGAAAUCCUACGCACAUGUACCACAAGAGUACAUUGCGGCCGAUGGGUUCCCAAAAUCUGACUGCUGGCUUGCCUCUGCAUGCAAAUUUGCUGUACUCAGCAAGGAUAAUUCAAAUGAAGGUAAAGGAGCAGUAGUGCGCAGAGCACUUGACUGGUAUCGUGAACAAAAAUUGGAGGGUGUCCCUUCUAACCCUCCUCUUCACCUUGUGAAAACCAGGCGAAAACCAGGCACACGACAUGCGAAGAGGGCUAGGAAGAACUUGGAUUCUAAAGCUACUGACCAGUCGCCUCAUUCAGCCAACCGCACCAACAAAACGUAUGAUGGCCAGCGAUACAGGCUUAAUGAACCAGUACUUCCGUAUGAGGAUUAUGACCGCACAAUGGAGAUAAUCUUCAAUACCUAUAAGAUUAUAACCCAUGGCAAAGGUCAAUUCGUUGAUCGCGAUACAAAUGAACUAAUUUUUACGUACUCUUUUGAAGAUUUGGAAUCUUUGACACCAGAAGAGCUGGAGGAGCAUCAAAACGAUGUGGACACAAUCUUAAUGUCCACCAAGCUCUUUAAGAGGUUGCCGACUCCCAAACGUUUAGUACCUCCCACUUACAUCUCGAUUUCUCAUAUGCUAAAUAACUGGUUGGUAUCAGAUUCGCAACCUCAGCAAUUGUCCAAAACGAAAUGCCCUGACUUGACUCCGCCUUCUUCUCCGCUUACUUCCCUUCCACCUUCGGAUGCGGAAAGCGAUGAUGAAGUGGAUCAUAUAUCUACGAGUCCAAUUGUUGUUACGGGUCCUAGUUCCUUACAUCACGAUCGGUCAUCCUCGCCAUUAUCCUCGCUUCCUCCUUUGGAUGAGGAAGUUAUGUCCAAAUCAGGAUUGAAUCAGCGUAAGGUCCUGAACUUUCCCAAAGGCCACAUUCCAAUGGUAACAACCAACAAUCAAUCGAAUGCGACUCCUAGUUUGACUUCAAAGAAACGCAAACGUUCGGUCACAACUAAUGGCGCUCUAACCAACAAUCAAUCGAAUGCGACUCCUAGUUUGACUUCAAAGAAACACAAACGUUCGGUCACAACUAAUGGCACUCUGAUUCAUGGGAGAAUGCACUGUUUUGGUCAAACAGUAGGAUAUUCCCGUGACAUCCUUAUAUCGCCUUACGCUCCAACGAAAGGGUUGUCAGAAUCAUUGUACAAGGAAUUUCUGGACAGGCUCCCUGAUUUUGGUGCGCAAGUAGGCGGCAGAUUCAAGAGCUUUUGUGAUGAAGGCUUCCUUGUUGCUCGCCGGCAACUAAACCAACUCAAUGCCCCUGCAAUGGCCUCAACCUCCAAGUAUCAACCAAACGGACCCCACGACUUUGGGGCAAAUUUCGCUUUCACGUUGGGUAACUUUUAUAACAAACCUCAUACUGAUAAUGACAAAGGCAAGGUCUAUUGUCUAUGGUAUCCGAUUGAUAGUAUUAGUGGUCAGAUUGUUACGCAAAACGAAGGUUUCAAGCUUGAAGGCGGGUGGUUUAUAUUCCCCAAAUAUAGAGUUGCUAUCAACUUUGGUGGGAAGUCUGCUGUUCAGAUUUCAUGGAACGGCAAGUCAACAUUUCAUCAUACUAUUCCUUCCAAAGAAUCGAUUCAGUUCAAUAAACAUGGUGAGAAGGUGCAUUACACGCGUCUGGGGUGUUCUUCCCAAAUUACUUACAAGAUUGCGCGUGCCAGUGUGAAGAUUGGGACGAAUGAACAGUACAAUCAUACAUCAAAGUGUGAACGUAAGGUUAGGGAUGUGGAUGAUCUUUUGGAACUACCAGAUAGAAGAUGGAAGAAAUGA